AAUUUCUCAUCCAUCUUCCACUAUAAAGUUUUGCUAUCAGUUUGAAAUCCAAAACGAUAACUGGAAAAAUGGGUCUGUCGAAAAAGUCUUAUCUUUCUUUCUCUCUCGUCCUCUUUUCCACCAUAUUUGUUUUAGAAUCGGUAUCUGCUGCUACUUCACCUCCACUUAAGUUUAAAAAUGGAGAAUUUAAGAUUUUGCAAGUUGCAGACAUGCAUUAUGCUGAUGGAAUUACAACACCAUGUGAAGAUGUUUUGGAGAUGAAGGGUUGUUCUGAUCUUAAUACUACUGCUUUCAUUAACAGAAUGAUUAAAGCUGAAAAACCUGAUCUUAUUGUCUUCACUGGAGAUAACAUAUUUGGUCAGGACGCAACUGAUGCAGCGAAAUCUUUAGAUGCCUCAUUUGCACCGGCAAUUGCGGCAGGUAUACCAUGGGCUGCUGUUCUAGGUAACCAUGACAUGGAAUCAACCUUGACCAGAGAAGGGGUGAUGAAACAUAUUGCAGGCAUGCAGCUUACUUUGUCGCAGUUGAACCCUGCAUCUGCUGAUGUUAUUGAUGGUUUUGGAAACUAUAACCUGGAAGUUGCUGGUGCUGAAGGUUCAAGCCUCCAAAACAAGACUGUUCUUAACUUAUACUUCUUGGAUAGUGGAGAUUACUCCACAGUUCCUUCCAUUGGUGGAUACGGAUGGAUCAAAGCUUCCCAACAGUUUUGGUACCAAAAAACCUCGCUCAUGCAACAGAAAGCUUAUAUGAGCAAACCGAAACCACAAAAAGCUCCUGCGCCAGCACUAGCUUACUUUCACAUACCAUUGCCAGAGUACGAAGACCUAGGAUCAAACUUCACCGGCGUGAAAGGAGAGGGGUUAAUUAGCUCACCGUCAGUAAAUUCUGGUUUUUUCACAACCCUGAGAGAUGCAGGGGAUGUGAAAGCCGUCUUCACAGGGCAUGAUCACUUAAAUGACUUUUGUGGUGAGCUCAGUGGUGUACAUCUUUGUUAUGCUGGUGGUUUUGGUUAUCAUGCUUAUGGGUUAAAAGGAUGGUCACGAAGAGCAAGAGUGGUGUCAGUGACUUUGGAAAAAACGAAAACGGGAAAAUGGGGAGCAGUUAACACCAUUCGAACGUGGAAGCGACUCGAUGAUGAAAAUCUUACUACCAUUGAUCCUCAGGUUCUCUUUGCAGGUAAAUAGGUAGUGCAAAGAAGAGAUCGUUGAGAGGAAUAUGAGGAGGGGCCGUGGGGGAAGUUUGUUACAUAGUUAAAGAAGACGAUGUUGCAUUCCAUUACAGAAUUUCCAAGAGAAAAGGAAGUACAGAUUAGAAACAACAAUGUUGUUAAAGCAAUCAUAUAAGAGAAACAAUGCAGGUUUUACGUUUUGUUCUGUGUUUUGCUUCCUGUUCCAUACACCAAGCAGGAAGCUACUAGAAAUCUAGGAUUAUUAGUCCAAGUCAAGUCAAGUUGACUCGACUCGACUCGACUAUCUGUGUCAUAUUAUACUGGCAUAAAUACCUCUCCCCUGUCUGGUAUCAUUACCUCUCCUCUGUCUACGUGUAAGACACCUGAUCAUUGCUCUUAUAAUAAUACAAUACUAUACUAGUAUAACACGCACGCGCGAUGAGCCUGCUAUUGUCAAAAAAAGUCAAACUUUUUGUAAAAUGAA